UAGUGUUAAUUUCUUGUGAUGGGGGGACAGCUUGUUUCAGUGUUGGGGAGAGUGAGUGAUUAUUUUGCUUUUGUGUGUGUGUCAAAAAGGCACAGCUCUAGAUUUAAAAGGAAGUAUCGUGCUGUGUGACACUGUGACGCUGGGGAUGGGGCUCUGCGGCCGAGAGAGAGAGAGAACAGCAGGUUAGUGGAAUCAGAAGCCUUCACUAAUCCCAUUAGCUGUGCACAAAUUGAUGCACGGGAACGAGCCGAGUGAGGAUGACUGCGUUAAUCCUACCUCACUGACACCGGACCUGGUCAGGAAAUGAAAGCUCAAGAGGUGUUUGGCACCUCAUGCAGUCUUUAAUUAAUAUCUCCAGCAGCAUUACCGUCACCGUAGCACUGCCUCGAGAAGACGAGCAGGAUGUGCUCACUUUUACACGGGAAGUGUGGUUGACGGGCGGCCGGCUGGGCCAAUGGAGAAGCGCCAGGAUAGAAAGGAUGUAUUGUGCUGCAUUCUCUCGCAUCCUUUCCCCCACAGCCGCCUCCCUCCUGCUGCCGCUAAGGCCGGCCUCCGCUACUCUGGUAUCCUGGAUACGCUUCACAGCACCGCCAGCCGAUUGGCUGGGAAGGAUGAGAGGAAAAAAAACAGGAGCAAAAACAGUCAAUUCAGGGAGAUGGACGGAUGGUUUUUGCUAGAGCCGCUAAGCACAGAUGCAGCAACCAUUUCCGCCCCUCAGCUUUGCGUUUUGCAAAAGAGACGGUGAAAAGAGAAGGUAUUUCAAGUGCGUUUAUCAGAUCCAAGGGAAUUAGCACGGCCGUGUGUUUAAGCAGAGCAGAAGGACGAGGGACGGGAACGAGGGGGAGGCAGCGAAGGUGAGCAUACAAGGAGAAAAACAGACAGGAACGGGCACAAAAUAGCACAGAAGGAGAAGAAUACAUGGAGGCAGAGAGACACAUCCACCCCUGCUCCUGACAUCAGCAGUGCGCGGGGAAAGAUCCGAGGGGAGUGAGGGACGAGGAGGAGGAAGAUAGCGCACACGCGAGAGAAAGAGAAAGAGAGAGAAGGGAACGGAAAGGAAGUGAGCAGGUAACUGUGGACGUGGAGGCUCUUCCCCCUCCCCCUCACGUUUCACCGAGAACACUGAGCAGAUCCGGCCAGCAAACCGUGUGCCGAGUGUUUGCGCACAGACCUCUAGGCGAGGGGGUUUCCGCCGCCAUGGCUCGUGGAGGCCAGCGAACGACGUCUCGGCAGGGCAUGGCUCACUUCCUGUUGCGGUGCAACCUCAGCCCGGAGGCCCAGAAGUUGGUGGUGUUCGUCAUCAUGAUGUUGCUGGUCAUCAUCAACGUAGUGCUGAUGUUCCUGCUGGCCUUCCAGUAGGGCGCAGCCGCAGUGAGGAGAAAGAGCGAGGGGAGGGGUGGAGAGGAAGACAAGGAGGACAAGGAGGAGGAGGAGGGAAAGUUGGUCCCUCUCGCUCACUCGUGGAUGGGUUUUCAGGAUGCAGACAUCACAGUGCAGCUGAUCAGUGAUGGCAGCGUGUGUGCGGAGGCUCUAUGGGACCACGUCACCAUGGACGACCAGGAGCUGGGCUUCAAAGCUGGAGACGUCAUCGAAGUAGUGGACGCCACAAACAAGGAGUGGUGGUGGGGCCGGGUGCUGGAUAGUGAGGGCUGGUUCCCCGCCAGCUUUGUUCGGUUACGGGUGAACCAAGAUGAGCCCAUGGAGGAAUACUUAGCCCAUCUGGACGGGGCCUCGGAGGGGGGUGGGGCCAGCAUGGGGGGCCCCUUAGGGCCCGGUCUGCCCUGCAAGGAGCAGAUGAGAGCCAACGUCAUCAAUGAGAUCAUGAGCACAGAGAGGGAUUACAUCAAACACCUGAAGGACAUCUGUGAGGGCUAUAUAAAACAGUGUCGGAAGAGGACAGAUAUGUUUACUGAGGAGCAACUGCGCACUAUCUUUGGGAACAUCGAUGAGCUCUACCGUUUCCAGAAGAAGUUUCUCAAAGCCUUGGAGAAGAAAUUCAACAAAGACCAUCCUCACCUCAGCGAGAUUGGCUCCUGCUUCUUAGAGCAUCAAACAAACUUUCAGAUCUACUCUGAAUAUUGCAACAACCACCCCAAUGCCUGCGUGCAGCUCUCCAAACUGAUGAAGAUCAAGAAGUAUGUGUUCUUCUUUGAGGCCUGUCGCCUGCUCCAGAAGAUGAUCGACAUUUCCUUGGAUGGAUUCCUGCUUACUCCUGUUCAGAAGAUCUGCAAGUAUCCUCUGCAGCUGGCUGAGCUGCUGAAGUACACCAACCCACAGCACAGAGAUUAUAAGGAUGUGGAAGCUGCCUUAAAUGCAAUGAAGAAUGUGGCUCGACUGAUCAAUGAGAGAAAGAGGCGUCUGGAGAAUAUCGACAAAAUUGCUCAGUGGCAAAGCUCCAUAGAAGACUGGGAGGGUGAAGACAUCUUGAGCAGGAGCUCUGAUCUGAUUUUCUCAGGAGACCUGACCAAGAUCUCCCAGCCACAGGGCAAAGGCCAGCAGCGAAUGUUCUUUCUCUUUGACCACCAACUGGUUUUCUGUAAGAAGGAUCUGCUUCGGAGGGACAUCCUGUACUACAAGGGUCGGUUAGACAUGGAUCAGAUGCAAGUGGUGGAUGUGGAGGAUGGGAAGGAUAAGGACUUUAACGUGAGUGUGAAGAAUGCCUUGAAAUUAUGUUCUCCUGGGGGAGAGGAGGUCCACCUUCUGUGUGCCAAGAAACCCGAGCAGAAGCAGCGCUGGCUGCGAGCCUUUGCGGAUGAACGGGAACAGGUCCAGCACGACCUCGAAACAGGUUUUACGAUCACAGAGGUCCAGAAGAAGCAGGCCAUGUUGAAUGCAUCUAAAAGUCAUCCAACAGGAAAGCCCAAAGCUGUGACCAGGCCCUACUAUGACUUCCUGCUGCGUCAGAAGCACCCCACGCUUCCCACCUCCCUGCCCCAGCAGCAGGUCAUCAUGUUGGCCGAACCCAAACGCAAGACCUCCAAUUUCUGGCACAACAUCGGACGCUUGACACCGUUCAAAAAAUGAGAGACUCGGUACAUUCGCGGUUGUGCCUGAACUUGUGUUUUUAUCCCAGUGUAACAUGUUUAUUUUUAAUGUCCAAUUGCGAAAGCACUUUAUGGGUUGGUUACAAUCAUCGCUCCCAGACGUUGUGGAACUUUGUGGGAGGGCGUUCCCGCUUUGUUAUUAUUAACGUCGAAAAAGACGGCUAAUACUGCUCAACCGCUACACUUUCCGGCACUAACACGACUACUGCUGCAAGUCAUCGUACGGACACGCUUCAUCGAAAGAGCCCCGCUUGAAGAGAGGACUUCUUUAUAUGUUGGUUAAUUUAUUUUCAGUGUAUGCCAGCUAUCCACAGUGCCCAACUACUAGCUUUUGUAUGUAAUUUGAUACUUUUGUGUAUCCCAUGAUGAUGUUUGAAGUUUUAAAGGGUUCCGCACAAGAUAAAAUUAGACCGGGUUGAGAUUUAUUACUGUAUUAUCUUCCUGGAGGCUGUUGCUCGAAGUCCGUCGAUAUCAUGUCAGUCUGUGUAUGCAACUAUCAACUCCCUACUUUCUCCUCUGAAAUGAAACGUAGACGACGUCCCAUCGGUACUCACCGUUUCAGAUGAGUGUUUCAUGUAUGUGCUCAUUUGAUUCUGCUGCCUAAUGACUCCUCUGUAACGAACUUCUCUUUGAGAAGUUUGCCAUUCCAAACCUAACCCAGAUAUUGUGAUGGGGGUUGCAUGAAUUUGCUGUGAAACUCGACAUUUUCAACCCAAAUAAAAUUCUCAAUAUUC